GGUCAAUCGGUUUAGGCGGGGAGCUUAGAGUCGGUGGGUUGUUAUAUCGUUUUGUUUACGGAAGAAGAAGAAGGCAGCGAUGGCAUAAACAAAGACCGAUGUCCAUUUGAAAACGUUCAACCGUGUAUAGUUUAAUCUUUUUUAAUGUUGAUCUCAAUGCCCGUGGACAUAAAUAACCUUGCAGAUGGAUGGCUGGAGCUGGAAAGUGAUCCAGGGCUCUUUACACUACUACUGGAGGAUAUGGGAGUGCGGGGCGUUCAAGUUGAAGAAAUUUAUGAUCUUCAGAAAUCCUUUGAAGGCAAAGUUUAUGGGUUUAUAUUCCUUUUCAGGUGGAUAGAAGAAAGAAGAUCAAGAAGGAAAAUUGUUGAAAACACUGACAAUUAUGUUCGUAAUGAAGCCGUAGUAAAUAACAUGUUCUUUGCACAGCAGAUGGUUCCUAAUAGCUGUGCUACCCACUCAUUACUGUCAGUAUUGCUGAACUGCUCUGCUCUUGAUUUAGGACCAACUCUUUCAAGACUGAAAGUGCUCACAGUUGGAAUGGACCCAGAAAAUAAAGGUUGGGCAAUUGGCAAUACACCUGAACUUGCCAAUGCACAUAACUCCCAUGCAGCUCCUCAAGCAAGGAGAAGACCAGAUAAGACACCUGGAGUGCCAACAAGUAGUAGAGUGUCAAAUGCAGAGACAUUCCACUUUGUAUCGUAUGUUCCAGUCAAUGGACGUCUCUUUGAGUUAGAUGGUUUAAAACCCUCCCCUAUUGACCAUGGGCCCUGGCUUGAAGGAGAAGAUUGGACUGAAAAGUUUCGACGUGUGAUUACAGAGAGGCUUGGUAUUGCCACUGGUGGAGAACCUUAUCAUGACAUACGAUUUAACCUUAUGGCAGUUGUUCCAGAUAAGAUUACAGCUUAUAAAAGGAAACUGGUUGCUCUUAGAAGGCACAGGGAAACCAUUUUGGAAGCCUUGCAUCAGUUUGUUAGGCAAAAGUAUCCAGAUUAUAUUGGAAAAGAAAAGUUACGGGCCAUUCACCCUUCUCACAUAGAGGAUGAUAUUGAAGAAGGCAAUAAUCUUUCAUUGCUAGCUGUGGCUGCUUCUCAAAAACUUGAGGCCCAAGGUUAUGCAGAUGCUUCAUUUACUGAUCAUCAAGAAACUUCCCAAGAAUCAAAAGUUCAUCAGACUCCUAUCAAAAGUGAACAUUCAUCUCUGGCUUCAGCAUUAUCAUCAGUUGGUAACAUUUCAGCACCACCAGAUUAUGCAACUCCAUUAACAAUAGAAACCUCUCCUGGUCCCCCAUCAACUCCUAGCACAGAUACUGCUUCGGAAGCUGGAAGUGCCUUUAAUUCACCUCAGAGUAGUCCAUCUGCAAGCUGUGAAUACCAGCAGUUGGUAGUAGUGCGCAUGGCUCCAUUGACACCUACGCUUUCCCAAUCAGCUUCUGCAGCAGCUAAUGUGUCAAAUUCUUAUUCUGCUCCUACUAGUGUUCCUAGUGCCAUUCCUAACAAUUCAGGAAGUAUUGAAGGCCCCCCUGAUGAUCCUGGAGGUACAUCAUCAACAAAUUCUAUUACAUCACUUAUACAAGACAGUACUUCCAAGAGACUUCCUUUGGAAAGCAAUGUUAGAGAGUACGCUCAAGAUAAGGGAGAUGCUGAAGUUCACCAGAUGGAGAAUUCUAGUGAAUCGUUAUUAUUUGGUGACAUCAAACCAGAGCCACAGCCUUUUGACUCUACAGGACCUUGUGAAAGUCAUGCAUACAACGAUGGUUCUCCAGGUCUAAGAUCACAGUUUGAUGUUAAACAAGAAAGCAUUGACAAAAAAUCUGAUAUUGGUGACGAGGAUAAAGAAAUGUUUAUAAGUAAAAGUACCUGUGAUUCUGAUAUUGUGGAGUCAUUAGAAGAUGGCACAUUUGCACCAACUGACCUUCUUUCAUUGGUUAACGUUAUGGGGAAGGAAAUAACUUCAUGUGAAACCUUAUUGAAAGAUGAACUGGAUAAAAGGAAACGGUAUAAGGUAGAUGAUAGCAGAAGAACUCACAACUACGAUCAGUUUAUUAUAACAUUUUUGGCUAUGCUAACUGAGCAGGGGAAAUUAGGUGAUCUGGUAAAGCAGCAAUUGCAGCCGUCAAGGAAAAGACCAGCGCCCACUCCAGCAAAUAGUAGAGGAUCAUCAAAAGCACCAAUGAGAAGGGAAUCAAAAUCUUCACCUAAUGCAGCAGCAAAUAGAAAGAGAGGAAGAAAGAAAAAAUCCAAAGGUAAAAAACGCAAGAGAUAAUGAACUUCAUCAUGUGUAACUUGCAUUAAGGAUAAAUGAGUAUACUGCGUAUAAAAGCUCUUUAUAUAACAUAAAAUAUUGACAUCGGAAGUGAAAUGUAAAAUUUUUAUUCCGUAAUAAAAGUACUUUAACAGUAAUUUACUAUAAGCAA